AAAACUCUCAAAACAGCAAAUAAUUGGCAACAAUUUCGGAAAACCUGCUGACUUUUGCAGGUUGUUGAUGUGAGUUUUAUUCAGUUGCAAAUUCUUGCUUUCCAUCUCAUCUUUACUUGCAACUAAAACAGCUACAGAAAGCUUGCAAUCAUGAAAAUCAUAGCGUGGGAAAGUUGACAAAGAUGGGCUCAAUUUGGAGUACCGAGCGAGGUAAAAUUCAUAGCAGCUCAGAGUUGAACGAAGAAAGAGGGGAGCUGGCACAAGAAGAUAGCGAUUCUAACUGUGAAGAGAUUUUCUAUGAAACUGUGGAUAAUGCUUCGUCAUCAAACGGUGAUUUAACUCCACAAAAACUAUCAGCUGACUCGGAAAACAGCUGUAUAAAAGAGCCACAUGAAACUAGUGCAAUUGUAGGCGAAGCGAAAGGUGAAAUAAGCUUUACACACCAUCAACAGGAAGAGAAAAUCUCAGAUUCUGCUGUCUAUGAAAUUUCCAGGGAUCUAAGUAAAGUUAAUACCGAGGCAUCAAGGGAUUCUCUCAUAGCAACAGAAGAAAGUGAAGAAAAAGAAAAAGAAACGAAAACUAAAAAGUGGACAAGUGUUUCAUGCAGGAAUCUUCCAUUACAUGAAGAAGAUCAAGUCUUGGAAUGCAGCAAUUUUUCACUGCCACUGAUUGCUGAGGAAAAAGUUUUCCGAGGAAGACAUUUUAAAAGCAUUUCAGAUCCACAAAUGUUUGCUUCAGUGAACUCUUCACAGGAGCUUAAACCUGAUGUUCCUCGUUCAUGCUCAUGGCAAGUUGAUGUAGACUGUUUUAAAUCUAAGAAGAGGAGGAAACCACCAAAAAAGUAUUUAAGAACCAAAGAGCAGGAUUUGCAGAGCAAUGAUGGCAACAAGAGAUCUGGAACCACAGAUAAACAAGAACUAUACACAGGAAGUUACCUGGCUUUCUCAGAAAUGGCCACUCAGGAAAUGAUGGCUAGAAGGAAAGUCUUAGACCUCAGAAGAUGGUACUGCAUGAGCCGACCUCAAUACAAGCGGUCCUGUGGCAUUUCGUCCGUGGUAUCCUGUUGGAAUUUCCUGUUUAGCUCACUAGGUGCAGGCAGCAAGCAGCCCCUGACUCAAGAAGAAGCACUGAGUGUACUGGGUUUCCAACCACCAUAUGGGGAAAUAAGAUUUGGACCAUUCACUGGAAAUGCCACUUUAAUGAGAUGGUUCAGACAGCUUUGCGAUCACUUCCAAGUUCACGGCGAGGCAUACUUUUUAUAUAAACCCAAAGGAAAGAGCCGUACUUUUGGCCUGAGUGGGGAUGAAGCUUUACGUCAGCUAAAGAAAGGUCUGCAUAACCCACAGAUGGCUUUCAUCUACCACUGCUACAAUCACUACUUCUGUCCUAUUGGAUAUGAUGACUCACCUAAUAAGGCUGUUGAUGCGUACAGGGCACAGUUGUAUGAAGAUGAGGUUGAAACUUGGAUCCUGAUUGGAGAUCCAAGUUGCAAACAUCCAAGUAUCCACUGCAAGAGAUGGGCAGAUAUUGAAACAGAUUUAAACAAUGAAUCCCCUUUGUACCUUAACAUUCGCCAACUUCACAUGGGAAUUCAACAUAAAAAUGUUAAAAAGCCUGGAGGAAAUCUUCACUGUAUCAUGGCAUUCCAAAAAAGUACCUGGCAACAUCACCGGAAAAUCACACCCACAGCGUCAAUUAAAAGAAUGCUUCAAGGAGAAGAAGAGGAUGAAAUUCAAACUGAUGGAAGUAUCACGGAUGAGUGCAAUUAUAUUGCAAGUGACUCGAGUGAUUAACAAUGCGAUAUCCUUCAUCAGUUGAGGAAUCAGUAUAUUGAUAGAAUGAAUGACUGAACUGAAGACAUUAGACAGUGCAGUUUCUAGUUUGUCAGCAUGGUACAUGUAGUUCUUGGACAAGUACUAAGUAUUCAUCAAUAUAGGCAUGCAGUGUGUUCAAAUUAGGACUGAGUAGAUCGUCCCCAACAUUCCUGGGAUACAUGUAUUCCCUAUAUUAUUACGACUUAAACAAACUUUUUCUCAAGCUGACUUUUUGAUGACAUCACUCCCACUUCUAUCUUUCAAUAUUUCAGAAGUACUGCACCUCUGCAAGUGGAAACGUUCUGAGGUAACGUAGAUCUGAAACACACAAAGAAAAGUCUUUGCCAAGAGCAGUUAAGAAUGCCAGAUCAAAGAUCUGUUAUUUUAUCCAGCUCUAAAUCUUGCCAGUCCGCGAGUGAUUGUCAUACAUGACACUUAAUCAGUUAAAAAUAUCAAUCAAAGUCCACAUGGCCAGGUCACAGUCAGUGUUUGACUCUCCACAGUCUCUCCCCAUGCUUACUCUGUCAAACAUGAUGCAAAAGAUUGCUCAAGAGGAAAAAUGGCUAUGCAAAAUCUUGCAAGCCAACUUCUUGUCAUUGACUUGAAUCUUACAAGUAGGUUGUGAAGUUUAAUUGACAUUUUGUAAUAAAAGUUGUUCUUUAAAAGAUUAAAGUUCUAUAAUACUAUGUAAAUAACUAUGGGUAAGUAGAGUUCUUUCAAGGGUGGUUUCUUGUAUGCAUAGAAGUAUGUUCGUUAUUUUGACUUCUCCAUACGGAAGCUGUGCUUUACAUGUAUAUGAACAUGUAUGCAAAGUGAUGUCCUCUCUAGGCUUGUGUUUGUGCUUAUGUUUGGCUGUGAAAACCAGCCUUAUACUUACAGAUAGUCUAGUUGAAUGUAUGAUUUACAGACUGAGUGAUUUUGUUCUGUCUUGGGUGAGUUUUAGGAUAAGCAAUCAAACUGGAUGUUAACCUUGUAUCAGGUUAAAACAAAGAAGGAAUAAAGUUUGACAACUUCUGUUCACUAGAAUCUCCUUUGUCAUUGAAAUUUAUUAGUUACUGGUACAACCCUGUGUUUGUAUCAGAUAGAAAUUUUACAAAAAUUAGAAUAUAAAAUUCCUACAUGUAUCAAUUAAAUGUCAAUUCUAAUUAAUUGUAUUAGGUUAUCUAAACAAGCUAAUUCAUCACCAAUCAUAUACUGUCUUGUACAUGAAUAUGUGUGUAAAAAACAAUUCCAUGAAUGCAGGUUGGAUAUGAGUUGCCUUAAUUUUCAAAUUAUCUCAUAUCCAACAAGCACAAGUGGAAUACAAAUGCCACCAAAAUAUUGAAUACUAAAACAAAA